AUGCUGUUUUGGGGCCAAAAGUGUGCUGCGGGAAAGCAUUUUGGAGCGAAAAUUGCAAAUGAUUCAAAAACAAUAUAUUUUAUUGCUUACAGUUUGUUAUUUACAGUUAACGCCGGAGUCUUAUUUACAUUAUGGAAUAAAGAGCAACAGAACUUAUUGCACUUGCAAAUUGUUACAUAUGCCAAUACGAUUGUUCACGUCUGUUUACUCCUUGUUUAUGUGUCAAUCGAAGAAAACGCAAAAAUCAAACGAGAUCUAGCAACGUUUGUUCGAGAUGAUAAAAGUGGUACACGUCAAAGUAUUGAGAUGUUGAUUAUUCAAUUUCAAUGUUGUCAAAUAGAACUAAAUGACUCAACACGUGCCUUUUUUGUCAAAUAUUUUCCGUAUAAUUGUGGCGAUGAUAAAGCACAAAAACCAAAAGGUACAGCAUUCGAUUUUGCUAGAAAUAAACCAUGUUUUCCCAUCAUAGAAAACGCAAAUAUGUUCUCAAGUGUCUUUGCUUUUAUUCUAUGCCUCAUCAGUUGUGUGUUUGUUAUACUAUUAUGGAAUCACUAUAGGAAACAAAAGGCGGUCCAAACGAUAGGAGCUAUUGCGGCGAUGCAGCAACAGCAAGAACCGUCAGUGGGUGAAACAGAUAGCAUAACAUCGUAG